CCCCGCAAGAUCUCAACCUCUCCCGCCUUCUCGCUCUCUCCCUCUCUCAGUCUCUCUAGUGAGCUCUCGCAAUAUGGCCCCCGAACUUGUUCAAGCUUCAGUGAAACCAACCGGAUAUGUUACUAAACCCGCGACCUUACCGAGCAGAGCAUACGUUACCUUCUUGGCUGGUGAUGGGGACUAUGUAAAAGGUGUUGUUGGGUUGGCCAAAGGUUUAAGAAAGGUUAAAACUGCAUACCCAUUGGUGGUGGCUGUUUUACCCGAUGUACCAGAGGAGCAUCGUAAGAUUUUGGAAUCUCAGGGUUGUAUUGUAAGGGAGAUUGAACCCGUUUAUCCACCUGAGAACCAGACACAGUUUGCCAUGGCCUAUUACGUUAUCAACUACUCAAAACUACGCAUCUGGGAGUUUGUGGAAUACAGUAAGAUGAUAUAUUUGGACGGGGACAUCCAGGUAUAUGACAACAUUGAUCACCUAUUUGAUUUGCCUGAUGGGCAUUUCUACGCAGUGAUGGAUUGUUUCUGUGAGAAAACUUGGAGCCAUACCCCACAGUACAAGAUCGGGUAUUGCCAACAACGCCCUGACAAGGUCAAGUGGCCAGCUGAAAUGGGCGAACCCCCGGCACUCUACUUCAAUGCUGGCAUGUUCGUUUUUGAGCCCAGCCUCUCUACUUAUGAUGAUUUGUUGGAAACUCUCAGAGUUACUCCUCCUACCCCUUUUGCAGAGCAGGACUUCUUGAACAUGUAUUUCAAAAACAUCUACAAGCCAAUUCCUCUGGUUUACAAUCUUGUUCUUGCCAUGUUGUGGCGUCACCCAGAGAAUGUGGAGCUCGACAAAGUGAAAGUUGUUCACUACUGUGCAGCGGGAUCAAAACCAUGGAGGUACACAGGAAAGGAAGAGAAUAUGCAAAGAGAGGAUAUUAAAAUGCUAGUGCAGAAAUGGUGGGACAUUUACAAUGAUGAAUCAUUGGAUUACAAAAAGCCAAUCGCGGGUGUUGAUGGUGAGACUGAACCUGUCAACUUGCAACCAUUCAUAGAUGCUCUCUCAAAUGCUGGCGCAGUUCAGUUUGUGGCCGCCCCAUCGGCUGCUUAAGACUUGAUGCACUGUUGCUUUUCAAGUAGAAGACUAAGAGAUGCAGAAUACAUUUAAAAAGUCUUAAGGUACAUGAAAAUAGGUCAUUUGUGGGGAAGGAGGUUUUAAGCUUUCGUUUUUGCUUUUGUCUUUUCUUCUCUUGGCGCUACUCUUACUGUAUGGGUAUUGUUGAUGAUAUGUAUGUGGUUAAAUGUAAUAUUUUCUCCAAGGGUGAAAUGAAUAUACGUAUUUCUCAA